AGGACAGGAAUAGGCAGAAAUGAGUGGAGUGCGCUUUCAAGCACCAUACCCAUUGCCUUCUAAGCAUCCUCUCCUCUCCCUUCCAUCUUGUAUCCAUUCCAUCUUUUGUAAUCAUUCCAGAUCAAUAAAGAACUUUUUCAUAUCGUCUUAAUCCCCUCUCAUUUGGUUCUCCGGGAAGUUCCUCCGGUAGGGAACGGCCACCCUUUUAUCUUAAAGAUGGGGCAAACAGGCCAGCAGCAGUCAUCAGAUCUUCUCACCAGAGAAGCCAGACGCCGACAACAGAGGCUGGACUUAUUGGGCUUGACCCAACUGACAAAUCGGACAAUGGCUCAAGCAGUUCCUGCUCAAAGCCGAUCAACAGCCCAAAUGCAAAUAUUGCAAUUUGGAAGAGAGAAGGCAAAAUUUGGGAAUCUAAGCCUAGACAUAUAUCAGACUUCAAACCAGUCUUAUAGACCUAAGAAGGCUCAUCUAGAUCGAAAUAAUUUCUCAAAGGAGCAAUUAUGCCUGUUAGACCAUUUCUGGGUCGGACUACACGCUAACCCAAUAAAUGUAAAAAAACUUUCCCAUGUGGUGAAUUGUUUAGCAGAAUACUUUGCUACUACACCACAAGGAGGAUACCCAUUUUUUGUGGUAUUAAACGGACAGAUGCCUGGUGUCUUCAACAGCUGGACGGACGUCUUAGACCAAAUCCAAGACUUCUCAGAGGCCCAAUGGGAGGGAUAUCACACUCUCCAUGAAGCUUUUGCAGUGGCAAGAUCUAGGAUUGGGAUAAACUAUUAUGUUUGCCCAGCCCUACGCCAUUAUCAAGAUUCAUCUCAGGAGGCAUCCACUUCCCAAGGACCUUCCAGGGAACAGACAAUGGCAGGACUCUUUUGUUCCUCCUGCCAAGGUAAUGAGCAGACUAUCAAAAGGCUCACUUACACUUUGGACAAACAUACCAGUGAGGAAAUGAAGAUGAUAGAAGAGAAUGACCGCCUACAGAGAGAGUUGAGUGCGGCAAAGAGAGAGAUAGAAAGACUAAGAGCGAUUGAGAGAGCUUGCAUAUCCACCACUCCCAUACCCCCACAAAUACAGCCCUCUCAAACACAAACCCAAACCCAAAGCCAGACACAGAUGGCGCAGCCAUCUCAGGUCAGUGCGGAGACCCAAUUGAAUGCCGCAAUGCCGCACCUACUCCCUUGCAAAAGGCCAAGGGCAGGGAUCUCAAGACCUUUGAUGGCUGAGAGUUUGCCAGAAAGUACUCUAUCCGUAGAACAGACUACGGCACAGACCACACAGCCUGGUAUAGUGAUCUGUGAAUCAUCAACUGCCCAGGCUAUCCAGACACCUCAGAGGACUAAACAAGUCCUACCAGAAGACAUCAUGGCCACGAUUAAUGCCAUGAGAACUGAAGAUCAGGCCCGAAAAGAAGCAAAGAGGGCCAAGAAGAAACAAGAAAUGGCUGAAAUGAUAGCCAUGAUGCUCAGGAAGAGUGGUCUCCAGCCCCCGCCAAUGCAGACAGACUCACCACGGUCCAAUUCAAGCACCAAAGAUGUCGACCUUGACCAAGACACAGACAAUUAUCUCGCCGCUUUAACACAGAUGAGUAAUGAAGCCCGUGAAGAAGCAGCCAGCAGCCCACAAGGCCAUCUGGACACCAACCCAGGGGGUGGUCGAUGAUGAUACUUGCAGCAUUGGGGUCUAGCGAAUACAGCCUCGAUGGCCACGGACAAUUCGUGGGGGUUGCCAGCGGUGGAUGGUGUUAGCAGAAGGUGCUGAUCGGUGGUCUGCACAUAACAGUAGUUGAGGAUGGUGAUGAUCAAUGGAAGCUCUAGCUCCAGUGGGCUGUGACCGGGGCGAGGUCAGUGAAGGUUGCAUCAUCAGGCAAUGAUUGUUGGUAUAUCGGUCGAAGCAUAUACAUCGUUAAAGAUAUUUUAGUAUCAUGUCUUUUAUGAUAUGUACUCGUAUCUAUUAGAUCUUGUAACACGGGGAGAGGGGGGUCAUUCUCGUAAGUCUUGUGACCUACGGCUAAUGUAGCCUCGCCAAAGGUUGUACAGUGUAUUGAGGGUGGAAAGGUUGAUGAAGAACUCCGGCUCCUGAUAGCGGAUGACCAGAGGACCAUGGCAAUUUACUAUUUGAGAAGAAGAAGGGCGAUUCGGGAAGCGAAAAUGGAUCUUAACUGACCGGGCUAUACCCGACUUGAUGGCAAUGUUCAGGCAUUCAGUCGAUUGAGUAGUUUUCCCAAUUUUAGUACGAUUGUCAAUAAUUUGUCCCCGUCUUGUUUGAUUGCACGCACCGGACAUAACUUAGCCUCAUGUACUUUAUCGUUCAUUUCCCCACAAACAAAUAAUAAAUAAUAAAAAUAAUAAAUAAGCAAAAUGGUCCAACCGAGUGAUCAUUCUUAACGUGGACAUGUGACAACCUUGUCUCAGCAGCAACGUGUCCCAGUGUGAACUUUCCACAUGUGGCCACUAGUGAAUUGAGGAACUAAUUGCUGGAUAUUAUCGGUCUUUUUCUUUUUUUUUUGAGUUCACUGGCCGGCGUCUGGAGUUUAAUGGACGACUAAUCUCUGAUCAAGUCAGGGUCCUAGCACGAAUGGUAUAAAUCUCUUUUAAUUAUAUAUAUUUUUUCAUUCAUAAUAUUUGAAUUUGAGAUUUUACUUAAAUAAGUUAAAUCACUCUGAUCAAUCCAUAUAGUGAUUUUAAAUUUUAAUUUACAGACCAAAUAUAUAUAUUUUUUUUAGAAAAUGGAAUUUUUAGAUGGAAACCCCUCCACCCAAUGAAGGUCCAUGUGAGGCUGGUUGAGGGUUUAUUUGUCAUGGUAAUUAUCAGUGCUUGUCUUUAUGGGUCUUUCAUAUAACCCAUAUACUAUUAUAUUAAUUAAAUUAACGUUCAACCAAAAAAAUAAAUUAAAAAUCCUUAUCUGCCAAGAAGGGUCAUCGUUCCGACGCCCUCUCCCCCUCGUCUGCCGAGAAACCUUUUCAGACUCCCGCUAUCCACCUCCUCCUUCUCCUCAACCCAUUUAUUCUUUAAGCUUGACUUCCUUCCCUCCACCGGAUCCUCUCCGACCGCUACAUCCCCACCUCCACCUGCUUAAACCUCUUCAACUUCCUCCUGUAGACCCCGCCGCCCUCACUCUCCUUCCGGUCCCACAGUUCCUCAUCUGCCGACUCUUCUGAGCUACCAACUUCUCCGAAGCCGAGAAGCUGGUGAAAUCCGUCUCGGUGUAUCAGAUCCUCACACACCCUUUUCACCAUGUUAGUAAUAACAAUAAAAAAUUUAAAGAAAACAAAAGAUAAGAAUGCUUUGAUUGGAGAAAAGGUAAAGGCCCUGACUUGCCAUCGUACCCCGAUUGGGGUCGUCGAUGACCUUGAAGGACGUUGACUACCCCAAUCAAGGGAUGGUGAUCGGGAUUGAAGCCCUAUUCGCUGAUAUCGGGAGAAUCCUUAAGGGUGGUGGUUAGGAUCGAGAUCUCACCCAUCGAAAUAAGGAGAAUCCCCCAAUUUGAGGAUUCUUCCGAUUCUGCCUGUCCACUACUCCACUAAUUAGGUUCGUCGAUGCCCUUUAGGAUCACCGACAGACUCUAAUCGAGAGACGAUGUUUCACCCUUUCUCCGACCAAUACUUUUCUCACUUUUUUUCCUUUAUUUUUUUAAUUUUUUGCUGAAGUGAUAUAACGCCAUUUACCACGUAGACACCUUUUUUCGCCAAGCCAGCAAAAUGGACGAAAAAUGACAUAAAUGCCUAACGUGAUAAGAAUAUCAAAGUUCAUGUAUUUUU